UCGUCGAAGUGCACAGAUUAACAUUUUAAAUAUUCGCUAUUAAAAAGGAAAAAAAAAGAUGGGUUGUCGCGCUGAAAUUAUCAAGUUUUUACUCCUUCUAUUCAACUUAUUAUGCAUGAUAUGUUGUUUUGUGCUCUUGUUCAUUGCAUUUCCCGAUGUCGAAGACAUGAAUGAGUUUGCUGAUGUCAGAAAAUAUACGCCUGUAGGUGUAGUAGUGAUUACACCGAUAGUGAUGAGCAUUGUUGUCCUGUUGCUAUCAUUAUUGGGCUGCGUUGGAGCUUUGCGUGGAAGGCCACGCCAACUCAGCAUUUAUUCAAUGAUCAUGAUGCUAUUUUUCGUAAUGCAAUUGUUCGUGGCCAUUUAUGUGUGGACAAAUCAAAGUGAAAUACGUUCUUAUUUCCAUAUAAUUCUGAAAAUUGUGUGGGACACUCACAGAACUGACAAUGCAUCCAAAAUGAUAAUGGACAAGAUGGAGCAACAUCUGCACUGCUGUGGCUUUGAGAACUACACGGAUUAUAGACCUGAUCCACUUCCGUCAGCUUGUUGUCUCCACGAGAAUGCAGUUUGCAAAGAAAAUGCAGCAUAUAAACAAGGUUGUCAAUAUGCAAUAAUCAAUCUUUGGGAUUCCAAGACAGAAUCCAUCAAGAUUGGAACUCUGGCGGUCUCUGCGCUCAUUUUAUUUGCCAGCACAUGUGCUAGCUACUUGGCUCACAAAUUGCGGCGCAACAGAGAAAUGAUGAGAUACGAUUAACUUGAGAUGGCAAUGAAGAAAAAGUAUUUGCUAUUGUGUUGUUAUAAGUGUGUGCUGAUUAUAAGUUGCAAUAAAGUCACACGCCAUCUAAUUGUAGAAGAGACACUCUAA